AUGCUUGCCAACAAUAGCUCUUGCUUCCAGUUGUGGAAUACAUCGGUUUAUGCACCGUUCUGUAACAUUGGGAAGGCUGCUCACGAGUUGUCUAUUGCUUUCUACAUGAGCCAGCAUUGGAAGCUCCUUCGGCUGCUACUCUUCGUGUUUUUGGCUACCGUAACUGGCGCGGUUGCUGAGAAGCAGGAUGCACGUGGGCAGCCCAAGCCGGAUAAAUUCCCUUUCUUUGUUCCUGUCCAAGUCGUGAAGCCCUCUAAAGAUCACAAUAACCUACAAGUUGUACCAGAGUCUAUAAAUCUCCUUCGAUCCGCAUCACAACGUCGCCCUAUUUCCGUGAUAUCGGUCGUUGGGCCCUACCAUUCUGGCAAGAGCUUCUUAUUGAACUCCCUACUCCAAAAGCCAUCAACAUUCUCUGUUGGUCCUAAGACCUCCCCGCAGACCCUAGGGAUCUGGAUGUGCCGUACAGACCUCAGCGCUCCUGAUGGGUCCGAGAUAUGGCUCAUGGAUUCUGAGGGAUUCUUUGGCCCUCAGGUGACCGAGACUUACGACGCUAAAAUUUUCACAGUAGCCACUCUGCUGGGCAGCCACUUGGUCUACAACACGGUUAAGGUUAUCGAUCAACAAGCGGUGAACCUUUUGGAAAUGUUGGCUCGUCGUGCCCAACUCUUCCGAGUGCGCUCCUUGGCACCGUCUGCAGUAGCUGAGGAUCACGAGGAGAGCAUAGCAGAGGCGUCGGCGGCUGAGAUACCAGUGUUCCUAUCAGCGAAGACCUUCCCGCCCCUCACAUGGGUGGUUGAAGACUUCGUACAGGACAUGGCUGCAUCACAAACUGGUGCUGGAGCCUCAACCAUGACCAACGACUCGGCCAUCGCAACGGAGUGGCUCAAAUCGUAA